AUGAAUGUAGCCCAUAGUACAUGGCCAGUAAUAUUAAUGCCAUACAAUCUUCCACCUGCAGAUUGUAUGAAGAAGUCUUACUUUAUGUUAUCUGUACUUAUACCUGGUCCCUCUGAACCCGGCAAUAAUCGUGAUGUAUAUUUGCAACCCUUGAUUGCUGAGCUAAAGGAAUUAUUUGAAGUUGGAGUAACUACAUACGAUGCUUCUUCGAAAACAAAUUUCCAAAUGCGUGCAGCUUUAUUAUGGACUAUUAGUGACUUUCCUGGCCUUGCAUCUAUAUUUGGUUGGAGUACGAAAGGAGAAUUCGCUUGUUCCGUGUGUUAUAAGUUUACUAACUCUAAAUGGUUAGACAAUUCUCGCAAGUACUGUUACAUGUGUCAUCGUAUUUUCUUACCCGAUGGUCAUCCGUAUCGAAAUGAGAAAGCCACGUUUGAUGGGAAAAAGGAACUUCGAAAGGCACCUCCUUAUUUGAAGGGAUCCACAGUAUUAGAUGAUAUCAAAAAUAUUGAUAACAAGUUUGGAAAGAAUGUGGGCGAUUUAAAUUUACCUUACAGCUGGAAAAAAAAAAGUAUUUUGUUUAAUUUGCCAUACUGGGAAAAAAAUCUUGUACGUCAUAAUCUCGAUGUUAUGCACAUUGAGAAAAAUGUGUGUGAUAAGGUUUUGUAUACAUUAAUCGAUUCCGAUAAGUCAAAGGAUAACUAUAAAGCCCGCAUGGAUUUGAAGAAAAUGGGCAUUAGGAAUGCACUCCAUCCUUAUUCCGAUGAGUUUGGAAAAGAGUGGAUACCGACAUCAUCUUUCACAUUAGAUAAAUCUGAGAAGGAAAGAUUUUGUAAGGUGUUGAAAAAUGUUAAAGUGCCCGAUGGUUAUGCUGCAAAUAUUUCGAGGUGUGUGCACUUGAAACCAACUAGGAUUUUUGGUUUGAAGAGUCAUGAUAGUCACAUAAUGAUGCAACAAUUGUUGCCCCUUUCAUUGCGCAAUCUUUUGCCAAAGUCGGUACGUUCACCUUUGAUUCAUUUGAGUCGUUACUUUAGAAACUUGUGUUCUAAAACACUUCAAGUCGGUGAUUUGACACGAAUGGAAAAAGAGAUUGCUCUCAUACUUUGCCAGCUUGAAAAGAUCUUCCCCUCUGCAUUUUUUGAUGUCAUGGUACAUCUGACUGUGCAUUUGGUUACUGAGGCAAAAUUAGCUGGUCCGGUACAUUAUCGUUGGAUGUAUCCUGUUGAACGGUACUUGAGUACAUUGAAAUCUUAUGUACGCAACCGAUGUCGGCCAGAAGGAUCAAUUGCUGAAGGGUAUUUGGCUGAAGAAUGUUUAGCAUUUUGUUCAUUAUAUUUCGAUGAAAAUGUUGAAACAAGACGCAAUCGGACGAGUCGAAAUAGUUGUGGAGGUGAAGACAGCACAAAAAGUUUAGAUAUUUUUUUUAUGUCUGGUACUCCGUUAUGGAAGGGGAAGAUUGAAGAAUUGAAAUUAAGUGAAGACGAUCCUAAACAAAGUGAUGUAAUACGUCUUGCAAGGGGGCCUAUUCCUGUUGGAACUAGAUAUAGAGGUUUUAAAUUGAAUGGGUUUCGAUUUCAUACUAGAGAACUAGAGAGGAAAAGAAAAACCCAAAAUAGCGGUGUGAUGGUUAAUGCAACAACUACAAGUUUCGCAAGCAAAAAAGAUAUGAGACCUAUCGUACAAGAGAUGAUGUAUUAUGGGAUCUUGAAAAAUAUUAUUGAGUUCGAUUACACCGGUGGAAAGAAGAUUGUAUUAUUUGAUUGUGAUUGGGUAUCCAAAGGCAGAAGGCAAAAAGAGAAUGAUGAUGGAUUCACUUUAGUUAAUUUUACAAAAAUAAGGCGUCAAAGUGAACCUUUUGUUCUUGCAUCACAAGUUCAACAAGUGUUUUAUGUUGCUGAUCCCAUUGAAAAAGAUUGGCAUGUAGUGAUAAAGACAAAGGCGAGAGAGAAGUUCGAUGACGGGAGAGACGUAGCUAUUGAUGGCGUUGAUACUAUUGUGCAAAGUAAACCAUGCAAAGAUCGUCCUAUCAUUGAAGACGAACUAGUUUCUUGGGUUCGAGAGGGGGUUCCUGAAAUUCCAGUGGAUAGUUUAGAUGAUGCAUGA